AUGAGUUCAAUUAUAAGCACAUUUUUAAUCACCGUAUUAUUCUUCCUCAUGUCAUUUUUAAGUAAAUAUAAACCAUUUAGAAACUGGGCAGCAAAACAACUUGAAAGUUCUCUGACAGAACAAUUAUCACCGUAUGUUAACUAUCGUAUUAGAAGUCCAGGGUUCCAAUUAAUUCCUGCUAAGAAUGGUGGGUCUGUAAAACUGCAAAAUUUGGCAUAUACUUUAAAUGAAUUGAAAGAAUACCAAUCACGAGGUAAAAUGACGAAUAGUAUCAUAUCUAAGAGGACGAAUGAAUUAAUUGAUACCAAUUGGUUAGAACAGUUGAAUAAGGUACGAUAUUUUGAUAAGAUUAGUCAAGUUAAUGAAAGUGUUUCAAGAAAUUACAAAGUUAUUGAGAAUAUCAUCGAAUAUGUCCUGAAGGAAAUGGUGAAUACUUCUUCGAAGACUGAUAAGAAGAUGAUUAAUGUAUUACGUGGGUUCUGUACUGAAUUUGGAUUUAAUCUUGACACCAAUGGGAGUAAAUUACAACGGAAAAUAGGAUAUAAAGAUGAAACUAUUGUAUUGCAAUCGAACUCAAAUCAAAACAGGGUUAUUGAGGCUAUAAAUCAUCUUUGUCGAGAUUGGAGCGACAGUUUCAAAUUGGAAAGGGAACCUAUAGUAGAUUAUGUGCAAAAAAGAUUGGAAUCAUGCCAGUUGGGUGAUAACUCAUUGGUUGUACUUCCUGGAUCAGGAUUAGGUCGAUUGGCACAUUCUAUUGCUGAAAUUUUUCCCUCAGUUGAUGUUGAUUCGGUAGAACUAUCAACAUUAAUGUACGUUUGUAAUCAAUUUGCAUUACAUUUUAAGCGAGAUGUUGAAAUAUGUCCAUUCAAUAUGUUCUAUUCUGGCCAACUUGAUGUCAAGAAACAAACGCGACCAUUUAAUGUCAGUUUAAGUAAAGUUUCAUUCACUCCUAAUUUGAAUACGUUGUUGGAAGAUUUCCGUAAGUAUACUCCAAGAAAGCUUACUUAUGAUAAGAUUAUUAUAGUUACAGAAUAUUUCAUAGAUACAGCUGAAAAUAUGUUUGAAUAUUUCGAAAAUAUUGAAUCUCUGAAGCAAUAUUCUAAUAAUUUACAGUGGAUCAAUGUUGGACCUUUGAAAUAUGGAACUAGACCGUUAGUUCAAUUUACUGUAGAGGAAUUAAACUCACUGAGAAGAAUACGGAAAUGGGAAGACAUAGAUGUGCAGGUUAAUACUAAACAGGCAGAUUUGAAUGGCUAUUUGACAGAUUAUGAGUCUUUGUAUCAAGGUUACUACGGUCUUCUUAAAUUCCAUUCUAGAUAUCAGGGACCGCAUACAUAA